UUGAUAAAUUCCACGUUCAAUCCUUCUGUUUCAAGUCAGUCAUCUCUGCGUGCCUUUCGUGGUCGAUGACCGUACACCGAAUCCUCGUAAAGUUUGCCCGCGUACCGGUUACGCAGUUCACGCGUGUAUAACGAAACCGAAAUCAUCUGUGUAGUCCCGUCCGUGCUUUGCGUGCGCCUCAAAGACCGUGAGCUCGAGAACGUCAAUUUGCGGAGGUAGCAGUAUCAUUUUGGAAAAUCGAUUGAGAUGGCCGAUGUAUCGGAGGAAGUGCCGAUCAAGGAUGGCGCGACGGCAAUCUCUCAGGGCAAACGCCACCUCCUGGUACGCGAUUACCAGCUUGCAGUAACCGUCCUAGCUCGUGCCUGCGAACUUCUCGCUCAGGAGCAUGGAGAAACCGGCGAUGAGAUGGGUGAACUCUAUCUACUUUAUGGACGAGCCCUUUUAGGUCUGGCACGCGAAGAGGCAGGAGUGUUGGGAGGUGGAGUACCUGGAUCCGAGGAAGUCAGUCAGGACGAGCAAGGUGAAGAGGAGGAAGAAGAAGAAAAUGAGGAGGGGGUAACAGAAAGCAAUCAUGUCGCGGAAAGUAGCUCUUGCACAUCAAAGGACAAGGAAGAUGAUAAGCAAAAGACAACGGUGAAAGAGGAUGAAGAUUCGAAGGAUUUGAAGGAUACGAAGACUGAAAAGGAUGAAAAAACGGAAGACUCCGAUAAAACGGAAAAGGCAGAAGACUCCGAUAAAACGGAAAAGGCAGAAGACUCCGAUAAAACGGAAAAGGCAGAAAACUCCGAUAAAACGGAAAAGGCGGAAGAAUCUCAUAAAACAGAAAAAGCAGAAGAAUCUGAUAAAACAGAAAAAGCAGAAGACUCUGAUAAAACAGAAAAAACAGAAGAAUCCGAUAAAACGGUCGAUACUAAAAUUCAAGAGAAGAAUAAGCCAAGAGAAGAAAUUCCUGGAUGUAGUCGAGAUUUUGAUCUACACAACGGUGAAGCUUCUGGUAGUGGCAUGAAUAGGAAAGAGAUAGACGAAGAUGGGGAAGCAGAUGAAGAGGACGUUGAGAAGGAAAAUGAUGAGGACGAAAUCAACAAUUUACAGAUCGCUUGGGAAGUUUUGGAACUGGCAAAACUGGUGCUAGUGAAACGCGGACCUCCAGGUUGGAAAUUCUUGGCUGAGGCCUAUCGCCUUCUGGGCGAAGUCGCGAUGGAGGGUAGCAACCACGAGAGCGCAUUAAUCGACUUCAAGGCUUGCUUGAACCUGCUGGAGAAGUUGACUCCACGUGACCAUCGUGCAAUCGCCGAGAUCCAUUAUCAGCUUGGAUUGGCGCACGCGAUGGCAAACAACUUUGAUAUCAGCAUUGAACAAUUCAAUCAGGCGUCCGCACUGCUAGAAGCGAAGAUUGAGCAUCUGAAGACUUUGCAAGAUAAUCCACCCCAAUCCGAUGAUCCCUUCUACACUGUUGAAGGCGAGAUCAAGGAGUUGCAGGAACUUCUUCCGGAAAUUCAGGAAAAAAUCACAGACAUCAAGGACCUGAAGAAAGAAGCCAAUGUACUUAAAGAAAUUAAGGAGGAGAGAUUGAACGGGUGCACUAGUGAUGGUGAGGCGAAUGAGGCUUCUGGAAGUGGUAGUAGUAUGUCCAAACCUGCUAGUGAUAUCUCGCAUCUAGUAAGGAAAAAGCGUAAAGCGGAAGACGACGAGGAGACCGCCUCUCUUAGCAAGAAACCAACGCAGGAAAAAGACGUGGCGUGAAAAGAAAAGUUGAAUAUGGAUAGCGAACAAUGUACAAAGAAGCCAAAACUUGAGGUACCUACUGUGAGCGAGGGAAAGGCACAGAUAUUGAUCACAAAUGAAAGGGUGUUUUAUAAUCCAGUCCAAGAAUUCAAUAGGGACCUCAGUAUAGCGGUGCUAACAAUAUUUUCGAAAGACAGGUUCAGUGAAGAAGUGCUAAGGAAAAACAAGUUGGGGAAAGAUGAUAAAGUCAAUGCGUUGCCUGCUGCGGAAGGCCAGAAGGGAAUCACUAUACUGGAAGCUUUAUCAGCAACCGGUUUGCGUAGUAUAAGAUAUGCCAAGGAAGUGGAGUAUGUCCGGCAGAUUGUCGCAAACGACAUCUCCGCGAAGGCGGUGGACAGCAUCAGGCAGAACGUUUUACAUAACGGAGUCGAGAAUUUGGUGACUCCUCAUCACGAGGACGCGACGUUGCUGAUGUAUCAGCGCAGGCGGAAUCGUUUCGACGCAGUUGACUUGGAUCCAUAUGGUUGUCCCUCGAUGUAUCUGGACGGCGCGGUGCAAUGCGUAUCCGAUGGCGGCAUACUUCUGGUUACCGCCACCGAUAUGGCUGUUCUGGCCGGCAACGUUCCGGAAACUUGCUACUACAAAUACGGAGCGAUAUCCAUUAAGUCGAAAUCUUGUCAUGAAAUUGCAUUGAGGAUAUUAUUGCAAUGUAUCGCGUCCUACGCAGGACGUUACGGACGGUACAUAGUACCAUUGCUAUCCGUAAGCGUCGACUUUUAUAUAAGAGUAUUUGUCAAAGUCUUCACGAGCUACGACAAGUGUAAGGAGAACUCCAAUAAGAUAGGAAUGCUCUAUCAAUGUAACGGAUGCGAAAGUAUGAAUUUUCAACCGUUGGUGACGAGAAAGGCUUCCAAUAAUUACAAGUUACCGAGUGCACCAGCGAUAGAUCAACUGUGCAAGCAUUGCCAACACCGGCAGCACAUGGGUGGUCCAAUAUGGCUAGGCCCUUUGCACGAUCAUGGAUUUGUGUCACGAUUGUUGUCUAACUUGGACAGCAUGGAGUUGGGUACAUUAAAAAGAAUGGAGGGCGUGCUGACCGUGAUACACGAGGAACUGGACAUUCCUUUGUAUUAUACUCUAGAUCGCUUGAUGUCUAUAGUUAAAUGUCAUGUUCCACCGAUGUUGACGUUUAGAUCAGCAUUACUAAACGCGGGUUACAAGGUAUCAUACUCGCACGCGAGUAAGAUCUCCUUCAAGACGGACGCGCCGAACGACGUUAUAUGGGAUAUCGUCCGCGCCUGGGAGAAGGAGCAUCCUGUAAAACGAGAGAAGCUGGCUGAAAAUAGCCCAGCCGCGCGGCUACUUAACGCAUCGUCCACGACGGAUAUCUCAUUCGCUAUGCAUCCUCUCGCCAAUCCGAUUUCCCGGAAGAAACAUUUGUCCCGCUUCCAACAGAACCCUACUGUAAAUUGGGGACCCGGCGUUCGUUCGAGAACUAGGGUUGAUCUCGAAAAUAAGGCGGAAGAUUCGAAAAAAGUUAGAAAUCAAAAUAAAAACAGUAAGAAGAAAUCUACUGUGGUGGAACAACAGAUAGAUAGAAUGAACGCAAACUGUACCCCAUGAUACGUAUAUCUGAUGUUUUUUGAUACCUUGAACAGUUAUCCUGAAUUAGCAGAUCGAAGAUAGAAAAAUCAUAACGAACAGCCUUUAUAAAAUUAUUUAUAUUUUGACAAUCAGGGAAAAAAAUAACAUUUGACAGAAAUAUGCGAGUCAUAUCCUGUAUAUUUGUACGUUACUGCAUAUUGUUAUAAGUUUAUAAGAAAACUUUCAUAUGGUUGCAAGUAAUGUGUCUUAUAAUAAAAUAUUUUUUUUACAAAUA